AUGAUGGACGUUAACAGCAGCGGCCGCCCGGACUACGGGCACCUGCGCUCUCUCCUCCUGCCCGAGGUGGGGCGCGGGCUGCAGGACCUGAGCCCCGACGGGGGUGCCGAGCGGGUCGCGGGCUCCUGGGCGCCGCACCUGCUGAGCGAGGUCCCUGAGGUAACCGCCAGCCCCGCGUCCGCCUGGGACGCGCCCCCGGACAAUGCCUCGGGCUGCUGGGAGCAGAUCAACUACGGCAGCGCCGAGAAAGUUGUGAUCGGCUCCAUCCUGACGCUCAUCACGCUGCUGACGAUCGCGGGCAACUGCCUGGUGGUGAUCUCGGUGUGCUUCGUCAAGAAGCUCCGCCAGCCCUCCAACUACCUGAUCGUGUCCCUGGCGCUGGCCGACCUCUCGGUGGCCGUGGCGGUCAUGCCCUUCGUCAGCGUCACCGACCUCAUCGGGGGCCAGUGGAUCUUCGGCCACUUCUUCUGCAACGUCUUCAUCGCCAUGGACGUCAUGUGCUGCACAGCCUCGAUCAUGACCCUGUGCGUGAUCAGCAUCGACAGGUACCUUGGCAUCACGAGGCCCCUCACCUACCCCGUGAGGCAGAAUGGGAAAUGCAUGGCAAAAAUGAUUCUGUCCGUGUGGCUUCUCUCGGCCUCCAUCACGUUGCCCCCGCUCUUCGGCUGGGCUCAGAACGUGAACGACGACAAAGUGUGCCUGAUCAGCCAGGAUUUCGGCUACACGAUUUACUCCACGGCCGUGGCCUUCUACAUCCCCAUGUCCGUCAUGCUCUUCAUGUACUACCGCAUCUACAAGGCCGCCAGGAAGAGCGCCGCCAAGCACAAGUUCCCCGGCUUCCCCCGUGCGCAGCCCGGCAGCAUCCUCUCCCUGAACGGCAUGGUGAAGCUGCAGAAGGAGGUGGAAGAGUGUGCGAACCUUUCGAGACUCCUCAAACACGAAAGGAAAAACAUCUCCAUCUUUAAGCGGGAGCAGAAGGCGGCCACCACGUUGGGGAUCAUCGUGGGGGCCUUCACCGUGUGCUGGCUGCCCUUCUUCCUCCUCUCCACAGCCAGACCCUUCAUCUGCGGCACUGCCUGCAGCUGCAUCCCGCUCUGGGUGGAGAGGACAUGCCUGUGGCUGGGCUAUGCAAACUCUCUCAUUAACCCUUUUAUAUAUGCCUUCUUCAACCGGGACCUGAGGACCACCUAUCGCAGCCUGCUCCAGUGCCAGUACCGGAAUAUCAACCGGAAGCUCUCGGCCGCAGGCAUGCACGAGGCCCUGAAGCUUGCCGAGAGGCCGGAGAGAUCCGAGUUUGCGCUGUACUCUCCCCACUCUGUAGGACAGUCCUUGCUGUCUGAUAACCAGUUUCUCCUUGCUGCGCUUCUGUUUCUACUACACGAGGGCCUGUCCACUGGUCCCAGCCAACCUGAAGCCAAAGGGUCCAGGAGCACCUCAGCUCCACGGGAAGUGAGGCCUGCAGGCCUGCAAGGCCAAGUAGAAGAUGUGUCUGGAUAGCUACGAAGGAAGAAUAGUUGUGAUUCAACUGCGGGAUGCUGCUCUCCUCACUUGCAAUUUUCGUUUUUCACUUGCUGAAAGAACUCUGUUACCCAGAGAAAUGGAUUAUUUUUUUAUCAUGUGCCUUUCUGGGUUUAAAAUUGCACUUCAGUGUAAACAAUGUAAACAAUGGCGUAAUCUUUUGAAAACCUUGUGUGGCAGACUCUUUCCCCCACCAGAGAUGGCUGUGAAUAAUGGCUCUUGUUCCUCACGUGUUUCUAGAAUGUCACUCCUUUCCACACUGAGAGGGGCAGGCUGAUUUCGCCUCACGUGAGUUGGUCUCGCAUGUAAACUGGAAGGACCCAGCAGAAGUGCUGCUGAAUGGCUUCCGAAGCCAGAUCAGAAAAGCAGAUGCACCUUUGACCUUGCCUGCCUGGUUCCAGUCUCUGUGGAGCCCAGAGCCUUCGUGUCUACAAGUCUGACUCUUGCGGCUGCCACGCUGUAAGGAAGAUCAGACUGGCCCUACUGAAGGAGAGUCAUGUGGCCAAGCCUGGAGACUUCCUGAAGAAAGAGGCUUUGCUGGUUUCCAGCUGCUGUGUUUCCCUCUGCGUCCGCUGGUGCUGUGCCAGCCACAAACGGAGUGCUGUCCAGGGGAGAUUUCCUAACCAGAACCACCCUGCCAAACCCUUCCUGAAUACUCGGCUCACAGAAACUGUGCAAGAUAAAAUGAUUCUUGUAAGCCACCAAGGUUUGAGGUGAUCGAUGAUGCAGCAACAGUAACCAAAGCAAAUGUAUAUCUGUGUGUUGGAAUAUGUAUAUUCAACAAGCGUAGUUCCAAUAAUGCAUGUAAUUAAUUGAAGUGAUGACAAUCCGAAUACCUAUGGCCAAGUCUGCACACACACAGGCAAUGACAGCUAUGUCAUGUCAUGGCCAACAGCAGUUGUGAGAUACAUCUAUUUUAAGACCCAACCUAGUGAAGGAAAAUCUGGGGGAAAAAAUGUGCCAUGUAGGAUUGAUGAAAUUUUGUAAUAUGGAUGUAGAGGGUAGGACAAAGACAGUGAAAAGCAUUAGUGGACUUGUUGGUAAACCUAUUUGUUUGGAAAGAACUGAGUAUUUUUUAGUUAAAAUGACACUGGCGUAUGUUCAUUGGCAAGAAACGUGAAAUGCAAAAAAGUGAGAAAAAACAAUAAAAGCCACUAAAAUUUUACCAUUUAGAAAUAAAUUUCCAGGUUUUUAAAUGUUUUUGCACACACAUAUAAAUAGCAUCCUACACUGCAGGCUGUUUUUUCCCUAUUCAGAAACAUGCUGACAUCAUGCUCUGCAUACUAGAUAAUGACAUCCUAUGAGUAUCUCAUUUGCUUAAGCAGUUAUCUGAUGAUGGACAUUUUGUUUUGUCUUUCCAACUUUGCUAUUGUGGAUGGUAACAGAGAAGGCAUAUUUGUGCAUCCAUGCUUUCCCCUUUCCCUAGUGUGUGAUUAUCGCUUUGUGGAGAAUUUGCAAACAUAAGAGUAUUGGAUUUAAUGAGAUUUACUUAUAAUUGAUUAUAAGCAUCACUACAUUUAUAAUUGUGACAUGAGUCGACAAAAUUCCUCUCAGAAAAGGUUGUGUUCAUUUAUAUGCCAUCAACAACUUUUGAUAAUGCCAGUAUUUUCCUCCUUUGCCUAUAUUUGCUUCUUUGUUAUUUAUCUGAUGCCAAUGUUAUGGUUUGAAGCAAGUUCUUUUUUAUUGUUUCUAUUUGUAUUUUGGAAAUAAUGCACCUGAACAUCUCUUUCUAUUUUGCCCAUUUUAAUUUCAUCUUUCCUGAAUCAAUUGUUCAUAGUCUUUGACCACUUUCCUUUUACAGUUGAUUCGCAAGAGCUCCUUGUGUAGCGGUAGGAGGAAUGUUAACUCUUUACCCUGUGUGUUACUAUGUUGUUUUUCCUGAGUCUUUCAAACUUCUAUACUUUUUGGUAUUUCUGUUUUUUGUUGCCCAGCAAUAUUUAAAUUCUAUGUAAAUUCAUUUUUCUUCUAUGGUUUCUGGCUUUGGU